AUAAAUUAAUCCAUUUUCGUACGUGAUGGAAAUUUUAUUUAGAAGAGUACUCUUUAUCAAUUAAAGAUUAAUGAGGAUCCGUAGUCACGUAUUGAUGUUUAAUUUUUUUAAAUUGGUUGUAACGGUAAUAUUACCUGUCCUUUCUCUAACGGUCAUAUUUUUUGUCCUUUUUACAACGGUAACAUUUUUUGUCAUAUUUCCAACGGUAAUAUUUUUUGUCUUUUCUCUAACGGUAACUUUUUUUGUCUUCUCUCAAACGGUAACAUUUUUUGUUUGUAGUGUAACGGUAACUUUUUCCUCUAUAAAUUAGCAUAUUGCUAACAUUCACAUUCUCACAAACUCAAGUCUUAUUUCAUUUAUAGAGCAGAGAUUCUAUUCUAUCCUUUCAUCUCCCACUCCCUUCAUCAAAUGGCUCGUACCUUCUUUCGCAAAUUAUUGACAUACGUAUCCUCUGAAGAUGAUAGCGAUGUUCAUACUGAGGAGGUCGAUGGACAGUCAUCGAGGCAGCGUGACAAUAGGCAACCACGUAAGUUUAUUCGGCGUGAUCAUGCCCAGGGGCACGAGCGCCUAUUUCGUGAUUAUUUCGCAGAAAAUUCAGUAUAUCCCUCGAAUCUAUUUCGAAGGAGAUUUCGGAUGAGCCGUCCCCUAUUUCUUCGUAUUCUAAAUGAGGUAGAGUCUUACGAGCCGUAUUUCGUCCAGAUAAGAGAUAAUGCCGGAAGACUCGGUUUAUCUUCUAUGCAAAAAAUAACCGCAGCCCUUAGAAUGCUGGCGUAUGGGGUUACUGGAGAUUUUAUGGAUGAAUACAUACGUAUCGAUGAAAGCACUGCAAUGGAGAGCCUAAAAAGAUUCUCUGAGACAAUAGUAAAUGUUUUUUCAGAUGAAUAUUUGCGGUCUCCAAAUGCUAAUGAUAUAGCCCGAUUGCUGUUGGUUGGUGAACAACGAGGAUUCCCAGAAAUGCUCGGAAGCAUUGAUUGCAUGCAUUGGAAGUGGAAAAAUUGUCCCGCAGCGUGGAAAGGGCGUGCUCCUGCUGUCAAUUACACUAUCAAUGGCAACGACUACACUAUGGGGUAUUACCUUGCGGAUGGUAUUUAUCCCAAGUGGCGAACUUUUGUGAAGACGAUUCCAUCACCACGAGGGAACAAGAAGAAAAAUUUUGUGAAAGCACAAGAAUCCGCAAGAAAAGAUGUCGAGCGUGCAUUCGGGGUACUUCAAAUUGUCACGCAAUCAUACAAUUGA